AUGGCUGAACUCCCCGUGCCAGGCAAUGAUGGCAUGUGGCGAGCCUCUUCGGCCACUUCAUGGCUGCGCAGCAAAGAUACACAAUCGUACCGCCCUCUCAGCGUGGUUCAAGUGAUUCACAAGGUUUUCCACGGAGAGUCUUUCACCACCCCGAUCAGUUCAUUUGGGCUACUCACCGUGGUUGGAUCACUUCUGAUGCAGAUUUGUGGACAGGAGCGGUAUUCAGGUGGAGUGAUCCCUUCCUUCGGCAAUGAGUAUGUCUCCAACAUGGAACGAAGUCUACGGAUUUGGGAAACCCUUUGGCGAAGUCACCCUCACGCCGAGAACGUUCCUAGCAAGUAUGGGGAUCCAUUGAUGGUUGACUGCCUGUCCCUACUUGGCUCCGCCUAUUACCAUCUGUACAUGGGUCCGGAGUUGCAAACCUUGAAGAGACUCGCUAGAAAUCCGCAGUGCCAAACGCCAUUGCCUCCAUUCCGACCACAAUGGGAAAUUCUCAAGGCUGUCAAGUAUGCGGCAAGCUCGUGGCUGGUCCGUGCUAAGUUAGGUAUCGCCCAUUUGCAACGUACAGCAGCUUUGGAGUUUGGCGGCCACGUUCUCGUAACGGCAUAUGAAAGCGCUCUGCUCCUAUCCUGGUGGCUCAACCUCUGCGCGGACCCUACAUGUCAAUUUCCUACGCAAGGCGAUUUUGCCGAGAACCUGCGCGCUCUGGAUGGGCUGCUCCAGGAGAUUUUUGAGGAAGUGGGCGAUCAGGGUGUCCCUUGCGACGUCGCGCAAGUCCACCCAGCCUCGCCCCCGCUAGUCUUCUAUCGUAUGCUAAUGCAAAAGUGGGUGUGGUCCUACACGAACAUCAUGGCACAGGAUCUCAACGCCUUGGGUUUAAGGCUCGCCUUCAAGCGGUCCUGA